AUGUCCCUGCUCCCUGACCGACCUCGUCACUCCCUCCUCUCCAGCCGGUCCUUGCACGGACGAAUGUCUGCCGAUCCCCACUCUCGCUUCGGGUCGAGUCCUUCCGUGCGAUCGAAGCCUUACGCCAAGCCCAACUUCGCACCAACACGUCCUACUCCCGAAACUCGCUGGAACCAUGAUCUGUUUGAGGAUGAUUCGAAUCUAUACGGCCCGAAAGUCAGAUACCAGAUCAAGACACCCGAUGUGAUCAACUUUGGUGCCCCCCGCCCUUCGCCCUCAUUAAGACCCUUUGGCAACGCCGUCUUAACUCCCGCCCCGGCCCCAGCCUCCAAGCCAGCCCCAUCGACCAAGACACGCACCCCCGCCUCAGCCCCGCCUCUCCCUCCCCCUCCUUCAACCGUCCAGCGCCCGCCUAUCAAGAACCCUCAGCCAGCGCCAGUCAGCUCCAACUCCGGCAUAUCGCUGUUGAGCCGGAUCCAGUCCAAGGACACACAUAAACCUCUCCUGAGCAGCGACUCAUCUUCAUCCCACUUGCGCUCCAACAUCCGCCCCGAACAAGCCCCUCCUCCUCGAGAGAUCAAAAUUCAGCAGACUCAGCCUCCCAGAAGCCACCAAGCAUUCGACGAGGCCAUGGCUAAAUACCUCAAUGGGCCUGUGAUCUUGGAGGUGGCAAAUUUGGCCGAUGGCACGAGUGCAGAAGAUGUCAAGACGGCGUUUGCUGAUUUUGGCGAUAUCCAAGAAUGCUCGACCGAGGAAGGUCUUCGACAAGCCAACCAACCCACGCUGAAAGCCAAGAUGAUCUUCACACACAAAGCCGAAGCUGAGAAAGCCGUCGAGGCAUUAAAUGGCGCGCUGGCGGACGGCCUCACACUGGCUGUCAAGAUCAUCGGCCGCCCUACCAAGAAACCCGAGCGUGCCGAUUACAUGACCACGCCCCCAAUCGAUACCAACAAACCGAAGGGGGCGAAGAAGCCGAUGAAGGCCGAUGACAAUGACGUCACGAUGGAGGAUGGAGAAGCGCCGAUAGUGCCCACAGGCCGGCUGCGCUCCGAAGCGGUGGCCCAAUGCGACCCGCGUGCGUCGAUCCAGGUCGAGCCUCGACAGUCGGCCGUCUACCAAGUCGAACACGCCCGCCCGUCCAAGCAUGUUACCCCUGGCUCCUAA